AGCGAGGGCAAACGCACGCUGGCGUACACAAACAGAGAGACAGAAGAUACACAAACAGCGUUGGAGGACAAUGGAGGCUACACCAACUUGCGGCUGGUUAUAGCGGAGAGAGCAGAACAUAAAUGGAUGAAAUAAAAGGAAAGGCUGUGGAAUAUGAGGGAUGAGAGGCGCGACGGCUAAACAGAGGAGGAGGCUGUGCGUCGAGAGAAAGAGUGGGAGAGCAACAGAUUGAAAAAGGAGAGCAGAUGGUAGGAUGAGGAAGUGGUGGUGGUGAGCAAAUGGGUGUGGUAGACUAACGGUUCUUCCAUCAGCCCUCAUGAGUGACAUGCAGAGGAAAACACUGUGGACGAUGAGGCUGUGGUCAAAUCUCUGGACUCAAAGAUACUACGGGAUGGAUACUAAGAUUGAUUUAGCAUCCGUGGCUUUUUUCAUGUUUCUCAUGUUAAAUGUGUCAAGGGCCCAGACCAGCAACCCCCCAGAUCCAGUGACCAAGUUGACCAGCGCCAUGUCAAACCUCAGAGCAUCCACUGCUGCACCUCCUUCCACUGGUAACACUGUGGUCGGUCAAAUGAUGGAGUUGACCAGCGCCGUGUCAAACCUCACAGCACCCACUGCUGCGCCUCCUUCCACUGCAGUCAACCAAAUGAUGGAGUUGACCAGCGCCAUGUCAAACCUCACAGCACCCACUGCUGCGCCUCCUUCCACUGGGAUGAGAGUGCAAAGCAGAGCCACCAGAGGGGCUAAUUCCUCCUCAGAGACGUCCCCUGCAGAAGGCACUACAGGCCAUAGCGUUACGAGCAAGGACACACUGGAUGUCAGUCUCACCACAAAAGAGGCCCACACAACACCAGCUAAAAGAAGUACCACCACCAAGAGGACCCAUGUAACUGUUGCCUUGGAUCCAAAGAGAGAUGAAGCCUUCACGUAUGAUUACAAGUCACUCCGCAGUGCUGGGCUAUCCAUCGCAGCGGUCCUCUUCAUCUUAGGCAUCAUGGUCAUCGGCUGUGGCAAAGUGUGUCGGCUGCCGAAGUGCCACAUGGGCUCAGCAAAGUCAUACGAAGUGGUCAGAGUUUAAGCAAAGGACAUGUUUACGGAGAUAUGUGUGGAACAUGCCGGUAAAUCAUCAGGAGUCCGUCAGCAGAACGAAGACAAACAUUACGUCAACAGCUUAGUAUGUGUGUGUGUGCCUUUGUUUCUAUGGAGUGCAUGCGUGCACCUUCUCGUUCUCACCUUGCAUAUUUAAAGGAACAAUGAGAUGGAUAAACACAGCGUGAACAGAUGACGCACACACAUAUGUCAUCUUGCAUAACCUCUGCUAAAUGUUUUUGUUAUCUCUCGCCAAAACUGAAGUAAAUUGAAUCUAACUA